AUGGUCGUUUCCAUGGCCGUUCUCUACAAUCUUAUAUUCGUUUUGGGUAGAGCAGUUUUUUGGGAAUUAAACAACGCCGUGCCUCAUUUAUGGUGGUUCUUAGAUUAUACAAGUGACGCCAUUUAUUUAAUAGAUACAAUAAUACACGCUCACGAAGGCUAUUUGGAACAAGGUUUGUUGGUCAACGAUUCGAGAAAACUUCGUAAACAUUACGUAUCGACCGGAAGAUGGAAAACGGAUAUGUUGAGUUUGUUACCGACGGAUAUAGCUUAUUAUUGGUGGUCGCCGCAGAAUUGUAUGGGAAAAGUACCGUGUCCGGUCAUCGUGAGAGUUAAUCGUUUGUUUAGAGUUCCACGUUUGGGUGAGUUUUUCGAUCGUACGGAAACCGGAACCGGAUAUCCAAACGCUUUUCGAAUAUGUAAGGUCGUGCUCGCCAUAUUGGUGCUCAUACAUUGGAACGCGUGUUUUUAUUUUGCUAUCAGUUACGUCAUAGGUUUCGGUACCGAUAAUUGGGUUUACAAUACUAAAGGACCGAAAAACAGCACAUUGACGAGGCAGUACAUUUAUAGUUUUUAUUGGUCGACGUUGACUCUAACGACCAUAGGUGAAACUCCGCAACCGGAAAACGAUGCCGAAUAUCUUUUCGUCGUGGCAGAUUUUCUAGCUGGAGUUUUGAUAUUUGCAACAAUUGUCGGUAACAUCGGAAGCAUGAUAAGCAACAUGAAUUUGGCGAGAGUCGAUUUUCAAAAUCGUAUGGACGGGGUCAAACAGUACAUGACCUUUCGUAAAGUAUCCAAAGAUUUAGAAGCGAGAGUUAUUCGAUGGUUUGCUUACACGUGGGCGAACAAACAGGCAUUAGACGAAGAUAGAGUACUUGCCGCACUUCCGGAUAAAUUAAAAGCGGAAAUAGCAAUUCACGUUCAUUUGGACACACUUAAACAAGUUCAAAUAUUUCAAGAUUGCGAACCUGGUUUACUGGAAGAAUUAGUUUUAAAACUUCGACUCCAGGUUUUCAGCCCUGGUGAUUACAUUUGUAGAAAAGGAGACGUGGGAAAAGAAAUGUACAUAGUUAAAAGAGGUCGUUUAAGCGUCGUCGCAGACGACGGGGACACGGUGUUGGCAACUUUAGGAGCCGGAAGCGUUUUCGGCGAAGUCAGCGUUUUAGAAAUAGCCGGAAAUCGUACCGGAAAUAGAAGGACGGCAAACGUUAGGAGUUUAGGGUAUUCGGAUUUGUUUUGUCUUGCGAAAAGAGAUUUGUGGGAAGCGUUGGUCGAUUAUCCGGAUGCGAGACACAGUCUCAUGGAAAGAGGUUGUCAAUUGUUGAGAAAAGAUGGACUUUUGGAUGAGAACGCUUUUAAAAAAUCACAAGUCGAACAUGAAACGCUCAAAGACAAAGUCGACAGAUUAGAAAGUUCUAUAGAAAAUUUGGAAGAUAAAUUAACUCAAUUAAUCGGUGACGUCACAGUUUUUCAUAACAGAAUGAAAAGGAGAGCAUCGAAAAUAGAACAGAAAACAAAACAUUCGUCGUCACCCUCGAAGUGA